AGAAGAUCAAUUAAAAGAAGGAGUACAGUAACUUUUUUCUGUUUUACUACGAAAGUGCUUGCUUACAGGCAGUGUGAAACGGGAGGACAGAGACUAAUACAAGCGACAAAGAAGUACUGUCUGCAGCCGUACAUACAUUUGUCCCAGGACUGCUCUCCAGGCCCUCGUUGCUCUAUAGACAGACAUACAGAGGGACGCAGAUGGACGUGGCCAUUAUCAACAUGCUGCCCCUGUUGCCAAUGUUUCUACAGCUGCUCUGCACCUGUUGGGCUGCCCCCUACUCCAAUGGCUUCUCCUACCAUGACGUCAUGAAUGGCAAUGGGAAUGGAGAAAUUUAUUUCAAUGGGGUGCGCCUUCGUGUGGAGACUCCCGAUACGCCAGUCUUUGCAGUGCGCGGGAGUAACGUGACACUGCCCUGCCGCUAUUUCUAUGAGCCACAACUAGAGACCACCCGCAGGACACGCGUGAAGUGGUCCCACCAGCCUUCCAACGGGGGGCGCGAGAUCGACGUGCUGGUGGCCAUCGGACUGCGCCACCGUAGCUUCGGAGAGUUCAAGGGCCGCGUGCACCUGCAGCAGGGCAGCCCAGGGGAGGUUUCCCUGGUCAUCACAGGUCUCCACUUCAACGACACUGGUCGCUUCCGUUGUGAGGUCAUUGACGGGCUGGAGGACGAGAGUGCCACUGUGGAGCUGGAGCUGCGAGGUGUGGUGUUUCCAUACCAACCUGUAAUGGGACGCUACCAGCUGAAUUUCGUGGGAGCAGAGCGUGCCUGCGAGGGGCAGGACGCCUCCUUGGCCACAUUCGAGCAGCUCUUCUCGGCCUGGGAGGAAGGGCUGGACUGGUGCAAUGCAGGCUGGCUGGCUGAUGGGACAGUGCAGUACCCCAUCACCUUGUCCCGGGAGCCCUGUGGGGGCUUGGAUAUGGCCCCAGGGGUCCGCAGCUACGGGGCCCGGCACCGGCACCUGCACCGCUACGAUGCUUUCUGCUUCUCAUCCUCACUGCACGGCAAGGUCUACUUCCUGCAGCAUCCUCGCAAGCUCAACUUCUCGGAGGCGCUGGAGGCCUGCGAAGAGGAUGGGGGCCAGAUCGCCAAGGUGGGGCAGCUCUACGCCGCCUGGAAGUUCAUGGGACUCGACCGCUGUGAUGCGGGCUGGCUGGCUGACGGGAGCCUGCGCUACCCCAUAAACGUCCCCCGCCCCAACUGCGGCCCUCAGGAGCCUGGAGUUAGGAGCUUUGGCUUCCCUGCACGGCACCAGAAACACGGCGUCUACUGCUACAGCACACAAUAAAUCUCAUCACCCA